AUGUCGAAACGUAUAGAUUUGACGGGCAAAGUAGUGCUGAUCACCGGCUCGAGCAGUGGUAUCGGCGCCCAAACUGCCGUAGAGUUCGCCCGACACGGCGCUCAAGUGGUGGUCACUGGUCGCGAGGGUUACGGCGAUGUGUCAGAAGUGGCCAAACAGUGUCGGGAAGUGUCGCCAAAACACUUACAACCGCUGGAAGUGGUGGCCGAUGUCGGUGACGUUGGCGACUGUAGGCGACUGAUUGGCACCACAAUCGAUACAUUCACGCGAAUCGACGUAUUGGUGAACAACGCGGCUAAAGGUGUUCAGCGCCACAUAACUGACCAGGAUAUUAUGGCUCAUUAUGAUGACUGUAUGGACACAAACAUGCGUUCAGUCGUACUGUUGACCCACUUAUGUGCCCCACAUUUGGCCAAAACUAACGGUGUUAUCGUUAACAUAUCGAGCGCUAUGUCUACUAUACCCACAAGUGGGGGAAGCCUAUACACAAUGUUUAAGAGCGCUAUCGAUAUGCUUACCAAAUGUGUGGCACUCGAGUUGGCCCCCAAUGGCAUACGAGUCAAUUCAGUCAACCCGGGAGGUAUCCACACGGCAUUCGUAGAGGCCAUGGGUUUCACGAAACAACAGUCGGAUGCGGUUUGGGAUUUAGCAGCGUCUGAGACGCCGAUUGGACGGGUGGGUCAGCCCCUGGACAUCGCCAACGCCGUGAUAUACAUGGCGUCACCGGAAACGUCGUUUGUGACGGGAACGACAUUUUAUUGUGACGGCGGUUAUGCCCUCAAUCAUUAA